AUGUCACAGAAUAAGGAGUAUACAGAUCAAGAAAAGCAACGUCUUCUUGACUUGGCCAGAUUAUGGCACAAGUGCUGUCCAACUUCAGAAAAAGACUUCUACAUAGAAUCCGCUAGAUCUCUGUCCUGGGACGAAUUAGACAAGGGGCUCUCGAAGCGUAUUAGUUUUGGCACCGCAGGUCUUCGUGGAAGAAUGGAACACGGAUUCUCCCGCAUGAACGACACCACUGUUCUUCAGACUACCCAGGGUUUGGUUGCGUAUUUGCGUAAGCUUGUCAAAGAUGGGCAAGAGCUCUCGAUUGUAGUUGGUUACGACCAAAGAUUACACUCGCAGAGAUUUGCUGAAGUCACUGCCAGUGUUGCAUUGAAGGCUGGCUUCAGAGUCUACUAUCUAGGUACAGCCAGCAAUCUUUCUGGCGAAACAGACCCUUCUUCCGACGACCUGGGCGACAAACUGUACGUUCACACGCCAAUGGUUGCAUAUGGUGUGAAGGCGUACAAGGCUCUGGCGGGUGUCAUGAUAACAGCAUCUCACAACCCAUCCUACGACAAUGGGUACAAAGUGUACUACGGGAAUGGGUGUCAGAUCAUUCCUCCUCACGAUACGGGCAUCGCAGCAUGUAUAGAGGAGAACUUGUUGCCGUGGGAGGGCAACUGGGAUGUGAGGAAUAAUCUUCGGAAGGGUUUGGAAGAUGGUAGCUUGGUUCUUGCCAAAGAAGAGCUCACAAAGUUGUAUGUUGGCGAAGUAAAAGCAAAGCUUAUCAACAGCCCUACGAUUUCUUUUGGCUUUGUAUAUACGCCUAUUCACGGCGUCGGACUUGAAAUAUUCGAAAAAGUUCUCUCACACUUUGAAUUGAAGCAGAAGCUCAAAGUCGUUCCCGAGCAGGCUGACCCUGACGGCACUUUUAGGACGGUGUCGUUCCCCAAUCCAGAAGAGAAAGGUGCAUUGGAUUUGGCCAUCAGAAAAGCAGACGAGGAAAAUGUGUCUUUAGUGUUGGCCAACGAUCCUGAUGCGGAUCGCUUCAGUGUCGCUUUCAAGAGAAAAGACACUGGAAAAUGGCAGCAGCUCACAGGGAACGAGAUUGGUAUCUUGUUUGCUGCUUACGUGAUCGAGGAACUCACUCCCAAAGAGGACCUCAAGAAGACAUGGCUUUUGAACUCGACAGUAUCAUCUCAGCUUCUCGGCUCCAUGGCAGACAAGUUACACUUCAACUUCACAAGCACAUUGACUGGAUUCAAGUGGAUCGGAAAUAAGGCUAUUGAUCUUAAAUCCGAGGGAUACAGUGUACCAUUUGGAUAUGAGGAGGCCAUUGGGUACAUGUUCGGUGUUGUCGACGACAAGGAUGGCAUUUCUGCCGCCGUGAUGUGGCUUCAGCUCUACGAAAGGUGGUUCAGCAGCGGCAAAGUGGACAUCGCCACCAAACUUGAAGAGAUUUAUGCCAAUUACGGCUACUACAAGGAGUGCAAUGGUUACUACAAAACUCCCGACACAGAGACGACUCCACGUAUUUUCAACCACACAAUAAGAAAGCUGUACCCAGAAGGGGAACACUACCCCAAGAAGCUUGCUGACUUCGAUGUUGUUGAAUGGCGUGAUCUCACUUUGGGCUUUGACCUGGCCACUUCAAAUAACAAGCCCGAGCUCCCUGUGGAUGCCUCGUCCCAUAUGAUUACCGCCGUUUUGCAGCCACGGGAACUGCCAGCAGAGAAGGUGCGCUUCACCUGCAGAGGCUCUGGAACCGAGCCGAAGCUCAAGGUAUACAUCGAAGGGCGUUCUGAGCAGGGAGAAGAGGCAGCACUGGACGUGGCAAGAAAGUGCUGGAAUACAUUGCGUGACGAAUGGUUCAAGCCAGAGCAAAACAAUCUCGAAGAAGUCGUUUAG